AUGCCCAUAUAAGCUUAGAUUAAAGAAGCAGCAGUGAGCAUGGGCUCUCCACUUAAGGUCCCUGCAUGGAGUCCUGGUGCGAGUCCAACAAGAACACUUCUGUUAGAGUUCAUGACAAGUGAAAAAGAUCCUCCCCAGCAAGAUAUAGCUCCUGAUCCUCCUCAAUUUUACCACAAUCAAACUGCUCUCACUAACUUUCCAUUUACCAAUGGGCCUUGUCCCACGUUUGUGCCACAAACGCAUCAGAUUCGGAACGCCAGCUGCCAUGAAGCGCGCUCCCUAGCGCAGUAUGAGCAGAAAAGAUCAGGUAAAAAUAGAUCAUCGAGAGUAUCGGAUAUUGAGAGAGUGGAAAGUGCAGCUAGAGAGGAUGGCUCCGGAAUUCACAUAACAUGGAAGGAUGUGUGGGUGACGGUGCCAUCUAAGAAAGGCGGUCGACGCCCCAUUCUGCAGGGACUCACCGGAUAUGUUGAACCUGGUCAGUCAUUGGCCAUUAUGGGUCCUUCUGGUUGCGGCAAGUCCACUCUUCUGGAUACAUUAGCAGGGCGGUUAGGCUCAAACACAAAGCAAAGUGGAGAUAUCCUAAUCAAUGGCCGCAGACAGACUCUAGCCUUCGGCACUUCAGCAUAUGUGACUCAAGAUGAUUCACUAAUGACUACACUUACUGUAUGGGAAGCAGUCUACUUCUCCGCUCAACUACAACUCCCUGAUUCCAUGCCAAUAGCCGAAAAGAGGGAAAGAGCCGAGACCACAAUAGUCGAUAUGGGUUUACAGAAUGCCAUGAACACAAGAAUAGGAGGGUGGACUGUAAAGGGUCUUAGUGGUGGACAGAAGAGAAGAGUUAGCAUCUGCAUUGAAAUUUUAACACGUCCGAGUCUUCUUUUUCUUGAUGAGCCUACUAGCGGAUUGGAUAGUGCAGCAUCUUAUCAUGUCAUGAGCCGUAUCAUAACACUAGCUCAACAAGACAAAAGAACCAUUAUUGCUUCCAUUCAUCAGCCUAGCGCCGAAGUGUUUGAACUUUUUCAUAAUCUGUGUCUCUUAUCUUCAGGCAGACAAGUUUACUUUGGUCCCACUGGAGGAGCAAAUGAGUUUUUCACAUCAAAUGGUUUCCCAUGCCCAGCAAUGAGGAACCCCUCCGAUCACUUCCUCCGGACUAUCAACAGAGAUUUUGACACCGAAGAUGAGCAAACACUAAAUGGAGGCCAAACGGCUGCAGAAGCUAUUAAUAUUCUUGUCAAGGCAUUUCAGUCAUCAGAGCACAGCCUUCAAGUUCAGAAUCGAGUUUCUGAGAUAUGUCAAAUGAAUGUUGGAACUGUGGAGACCAAGAAAAGCCAAGCAAGCUUUUUUACUCAAUGCCUUGUUCUAACUAAAAGAUCCUUCCUCAACAUGAACAGAGAUCUAGGGUAUUACUGGCUUCGCUUGAUAGUCUAUAUUACACUUGCCCUCUGCAUAGGUACUCUGUUUCGCAAUGUUGGCCAUACUUAUGGCUCAAUUCAGGCUAGAGGUUCGAUGCUCAUGUUUAUUGCAGCCUUCCUGACUUUUAUGGCCAUUGGUGGUUUCCCUUCCUUUGUGGAAGAUAUGAAGAUUUUUACGAGAGAAAGAUUGAAUGGACACUACGGUGUGGCUGCAUUUGUUGUGGCGAACACAUUCUCAUCACUUCCUUUCUUGUCCCUGAUCGGGCUUAUACCCGGAGUGAUAUCUUACUAUCUUGUUGGCCUCCAGAAGGAAUUUGGUCAUUUUGUGUACUACGCCUUACUAAUCUUCGUCUGCAUGAUGUUGGUCGAGAGCCUAAUGAUGGUGGUGGCUAGCGUUGUACCAGAUUUUCUUAUGGGAAUCAUAACAGGUGCUGGAAUUCAAGGCAUAAUGAUAUUAAACGGAGGAUUCUUUCGAUUACCAGAUGAUAUGCCUAAGCCAUUCUGGAAAUACCCAAUGUACUACAUUUCCUUCCACAAGUAUGCAUUCGAAGGGUUUUACAAGAAUGAAUACAUAGGCCUAUCAUUUCCUAAUGAAAAGGCUGGAGGACCUCCUAGAAUCACAGGUGAUGAAAUUUUGCAAGAUAUUUGGCAAGUGGAAAAUGGUUAUUCUAAGUGGGUGGAUAUGACAAUUCUAUUGUUGAUGGUAGCUACAUAUAGGAUUUUGUUCUUUCUAAUCAUAAAGGGAGUAGAGAAGUUUAAGCCCGUGAUCAGAGAUUUUCUUAGUAAUAUUUCUAUCAAGCAGCAACCAUAUUCAGAAGAUUCCUUGCAGCAUCAACAAGAAUCUAGCGUCCGUACUGUUCGUGCCUUUUCAGUUUUAGAUUGUAAAUGUUAUCAAGUGGAUGUAACAUUUCGCGAUUAGUUAAUGGCAGAGGUUUAUCAAGUGGAUGUAACAUUUCGCUAUUAGCUCAUGGCAAAGGCCGAAAGCCGCAUUCAUAUUCGGCUAUUCAUGUCAUAGUGUGUGAGUAGGCGUUUCUACCAUUAUUGACUUUUUAUGCAAUCAAUCUUAAGAUUAA